AUGCUGCUACUAUCGCUCGCAUCAACUACCGUGCAUCAUCCAGAGUUCCAAUUCCCGACGCCAUUCCAUGAUGUACUCUUUGGCUGGGAUUGGAUUCGAGAGAAUCUACUUCUUGACAAGUUCGAUCGACCAUACUUGGCGCGGCUGGGUGUGUGUGGGGAGCUCAUCGGUGGCUCCCUGGCGACGAUGCUGGCCUUGACCGAGUGUCGUCUUGGAGAAACUCGAAUUGCUGCUGCUGCUGUAAACAAUCCCAUCGCAGACUGGGUCUUCCCAGAUGAGCUCCCAGCCGUUGAUCCUUCUGAGCUUCCAGAACCCAUGGCCCCUGAUGAGACGUCAUUCCAAGCCGACGGUGAUAUUAUGGAGCUGUCUCCGGUUCUGGCAGAGAAGAAGCGUGGCCGCAAGCCUGGGAAGAAAACUGCAAAGACUUCUAUCCUGACUGCGUGGGAGCGGUACGGUGACAACAAGGUGAUACCCUCGUUGACGCUGUCCGCGGAACGCGACGUCCUUUUCCGCAGACCGCAGGACUAUCUCGACCGCUUUGCCGCGCCAAUACACUUCUUCCGGUCGCCACAUGCGCAAUUAUUGAUGCCUCAACAGGAUGACAUGUUUGCAUCCCAUCAGCCCGACGAAGAUCUCGACUUCGAAGCUCAAAUGACCAUGGACCACUAUAACUCCGUGAAUCGCCAGACACCACCACCUCCAGAAGUUCCCAUGUUGAGUAGAUGUAGAGCCUACGCACGCAACUAUCCUGCUGCUGGUUCAAACUUACGUCUCCCAGAAUGGAACAUCACUACCGGAACUGAAAGUCCGCUGCUCGAUCAAGGGGCGGAGCUUGUGAAAGUGCUCAGGCGUAGCACGGCCCGGCACUUGUUGAAGUCUCACGCAGGCCGUACGCGCUGGCAUGAUGCCGAUGAGAAGGCGAUAUACGAAGAGCAUGCGCAUGGGAAGGUACUGCACAACGAGCUACCGGGAGUUGGUCUUUGGACUGAGCAGACGAACGAUGCCUGGACGAAGGACGUACAGAGUGUUGGCGCAUGGAUGAAGGAGCGCUUGGAAUUGGGAAAUGCUUGA